ACAACUCCUGCGCCGCCUGAGGAUCAGGCGCGAUUGCUCGAAGAUGCCCUGAUUGCCGUGCGCCAGCAAACUGUGCUCAUGCGCAAAUGCCUGGACACCCCAGGGAAGCUUAUGGACGCGCUGAAAUGCUGCUCAACCCUUGUCUCCGAGCUUCGAACAAGCAGUCUUGGUCCCAAGCAGUAUUACGAACUGUACAUGUCCGUUUUCGAUGCUCUUCGCUAUCUGUCGGUACACCUGAAGGAGAACCACCCGCACAACCACCUCGCAGACCUCUACGAGCUCGUCCAAUAUGCCGGCAACAUCGUACCGCGGCUCUACCUCAUGAUAACUGUUGGAACCGCUUACAUGUCGAUUCCCGAGGCGCCUGUCAAAGAGCUGAUGAAGGAUAUGAUGGACAUGAGCCGGGGUGUGCAACAUCCCAUUCGUGGACUGUUCCUUCGCUACUUUCUGAGCGGCCAAGCGAGGGACCAUCUUCCCACCACCGAAGGUGAAGGUCCCGAGGGCAACCUGCAGGAUUCCAUCAACUUUGUCUUGACCAACUUCGUCGAGAUGAACAAGCUGUGGGUGCGACUUCAACAUCAAGGCCAUUCGCGGGAACGGGAGCAGCGGACAAAGGAGCGCAAGGAGCUACAACUCCUCGUAGGAAGCAAUAUCGUGCGACUGAGUCAAUUGGUGGACUUGGAAGCCUACAGCAACGGCAUCUUGGGCCCUCUUCUUGAGCAGGUUGUACAGUGUCGGGAUGUCCUGGCCCAGGAAUAUCUUCUGGAAAUCAUUACCCAGGUCUUCCCCGACGAAUUUCAUCUCCACACGCUAGACCAGUUCCUCGCCGCCGUGUCACGUCUGAACCCUCACGUUAACGUGAAGGCCAUUGUCAUUGGUCUGAUGGACAGGCUUUCAGCAUAUGCCGAACGAGAGUCGCAAGAGGAGGUUGAUGAGGAUAAGGCCAAGCUGGAGGAGGAGGCGCUGGCAGAGUUGCUCCACAAGGUACGAUUGGGCAAGGAGCAGCAGGAGCCAAAAUCGGAGCCAGAAGAAUCAUCGGUUGAUUCAAAUAGAGAUGAGCAUACUAAUGGUAAUUCUGCCGAACCUGCCGACCGCAACGUCGCCGAGUCGAGCUUUGAAGCAACACCGUCGGUCGUGGAUACGGAGACGACAGCCGCCGAUGGCGAUGAUACGUCUGAGAAGAGUGCCGAAAAGCAGCGGGGCAUCCCACCAGACGUCAAGCUGUACGAGAUCUUCUUCGAUCAGGUCAACAACCUUGUCAGCGCACAACAUCUUCCCAUUCAAGACAUUAUCGCGUUGCUGGUGUCUCUCACUAAUUUAGCCCUCAACAUUUACCCCGGACGGCUGGACUACGUAGACCAGAUUUUGGAAUACGCAAAUCACAAGGUCCGCGAACAUGCCAACAGUGUCGAUCUGCAUGCAUCUGAAGCUCAGCAAAGCUUGUUGGCGCUCCUCCAAGCACCUCUGAAGAGAUACGUCUCGCUCUUCACUGCGCUGUCCCUUCCCACCUACGUGCCCCUUUUUCAAUCUCAGACAUACCCGACGAGAAGAGCAGUCGCAGGUGAAGUGGCAAAGACUCUACUCCGCGAUCAAACCCCGAUAUCCACAACCAGCCAGCUAGAGAACGUGCUGGAGAUCCUCAAAGUGCUCAUCAAGGAAGGUUCACAGCCUCCUGCAGGCUAUCCUGGUGGUCCCCAGAGGCGAGCCUUGGACACAGACGAGACACUGGAGGAGCAAGGCUGGCUUGCCCGCAUCGUCCACCUCAUCCAAAGCGAUAACAACGACACACAGUUCAGGUUACUGCAGAUGGCCCAUAAAAUCUACGGUGAAGGCAACGAGCGCAUUCGAACGACCACGCCGCCGCUGAUUACAGCCGGUAUGAAACUUGCCCGCCGCUUCAAGGCCCGCAAACACUACGACGACAACUGGGAGACUCAAUCAUCUGCUCUGUUCAAAUUCAUGCACAGCGCCAUCUCAGCACUUUACACGCGCGUUAACGGCGCCGGUGCAGCUGAGCUCGCGCUGCGGCUGUUCGCUGCAUGUGGUCAGACAGCGGAUAUGACUGGUUUCGAGGAGGUGGCUUAUGAAUUUUUCGCACAAGCCUUUACGGUAUACGAGGAAGCUAUCAGUGAUUCCAAAGCCCAGUUCCAAGCUGUCUGCGUCAUUGCAUCCGCAUUGCACCAGACUCGCAACUUCGGCAAGGAGAAUUACGACACACUGAUCACGAAGUGCGCUCUCCAUGGGAGCAAGCUUCUGCGGAAACCGGAGCAAUGUCGUGCUGUGUACCUGGCCAGUCAUCUGUGGUGGGCUACACCUAUUGUCGCUACUGAGGAGACAGACGAGGGCUUAUAUCGCGAUGGAAAAAGGGUGCUGGAGUGCCUGCAGCGUGCCUUGAGGGUUGCAGACAGCUGCAUGGAGCAGGCAACUAGCAUCGAGCUAUUUGUGGAGAUUCUGGAUCGCUAUGUGUACUACUUCGAUCAGCAGAACGAGUCGGUGACAACGAAGUACGUGAAUGGCCUGAUUGAGCUCAUUCACUCGAAUUUGAGCACGAAUCAGCAGGACUCGGCGAGUGUCGAGAAUAGCAAGAGACACUUCAAGCACACUCUUGAGAACAUUGCCUCACGGGGCUACGAAGGUGUAGUGCUGACACCCCAG